AUGUUGCUACCACAAUGUACAUUAUAUUUAAUAACAAUCUCUUGUAUUUUGAUAAAUACUGAUGCAGCUGCUUUAGCUGAACCUGAGAUUCAGCCAGUUUUCGAGUUAAGUACAGAUACAAUCCUGGAAGGAGCAGCAACCGCAAUAAAAGCUUUACAACCAAUUUUGGUGCAGCAGAAGGGCUUCUCUGGACCGCGUUUUCGAAGAAGCGCCGAAGAAGAAUCAGAUAUAAGUCCUGAUCCGAGUCCUGAUCAGAGUCCUGACCCGAGUCCUGAUCAGAAAUCUGUUGAUUCGUCCCGCGAUGAUGAAGGCUAUACUUGGCUGAUCGUACCAUGGACAACUUUUAUGGAGAGUGUGCCGAACCGAAUAAUUUCCGAUGAUGAAUUGAGGAAUUUGCUUACUAAAUGGCCAGUUGUAAUAAUACAAUUAACUGACUCGUUUGAUAUCUUUCCACCGCUUGAUGUAUCUCUCGACACAUUGGAAUAUUUUCUGAAUAUGGCUGGAUUGACAGGGGGGCCUUUGAAUCCAAUCAAUAUUGCUCUAAAAGGACUACGCAAAGGCAUUCAGGGAGUUCAAACAUUAUCUGAUAAUAUAUCUAAUAAUCCAUUUUUCUAA